UCGGCUUCCAGCGACAGAAGAUUACGUACACCAUGAGGUUUCAAGGGUUCCUGGUGUUAGCCCUUGCAACAGCAGCGUUUGCAGACCCUCAACCCAGUCUCAACUUCAACUACCCGAAUGUCAAAGAUGAAAUUUAUGAGCAGCCCGUAGAUUUGAUGACGCCCAAGAAAUCUGCUCACAUGAAGGAAGAGGAGGAUCCCCAAGUUAACUUAAGGAACCUGGCAGACGAAGACUCUCCGUAUAUACCGUUUGACUUCUCCAAGUUCGGGGAAUACCUCAACACCUACCAGGAUGAUGAUGCCAGGGAUCACAACCGGCUGAAGAGGAAGGCCAAGCAGGAGGACACUCGUCGCUUCAACACGUUAAGCGGUCCAAAGAUACGAGAAAGACCCCACCAUUACGUAUACCCCGAGCCCGUAAAAGACCGGGUCUUGGAAUUCUCGACGAGCACCAGAAAACCGGGGAUCCUGCCCGAACAAAUGAACCCUGGAGUCAUAUUUCGCGUAAGGAUGUCCGACGCGAUAUUGCGAAUCAAACAACGGAUGUACGAAGAUCCUGAGCGUCAUAUAGAAGCAGAUAUAAUCUACACGAAUCUGAUCAAAAAGGUGGUCAUGGAUGAAAUUACGAAGUUCCAUAACCUUCUUCUGAUGUACAAGACAGAUAAGAGUAUCAAGGAGCAUCUUGGGGAGUGCGGGGGGAGGAUUUACAAAUUCAUCAGUUAUAUGACCAUUAAGGUUCAUAUUUACUGCCUCUUUGACGCUCUGUGGAUUGAUGGGAACCCUUACGUUAUCGGUGAUGAGUAUUCGGUGACUCCGGUGGAAGUACCACCUAUGUUGCAGUGUGACGCCGCUGAAUGCAACUCGAUAGUGUUUGUUGACUCCAUUACUGAACCUAAAGAUGUUGAGGAAUAG